AUGAUGGUGUUACGCUAUGUGUUGUAUUUACUGGCUGUGCUGUUCUGCGUUGCCUGUGUGUGUGUAACGGCUGAGGGAGAUCCAACUGCUAUUAGAUGCGUUGCUGAUUCCUCUGAUAUUUCGAAGUGUGGAUCUGCACCCUCUCAUCCUGGUGUUUUUCCUGCUCAUUCUAAUGGUCACAACGCUGAGUCCUCUAUUUCACAUGGACGUCAACUCAUUUCCCAUCAAGGUUCUCCUGGUGGUGCUAAGGGUCCUUCUUGCCCAGCUGGUACUAAUUGUCCUGCUGCUCCUCCUGCGGCUAACACCACAACCAAAGGAACUGGCCUCAACUACACC